CUGGUUUUUCGCUUAGGUCUUGUGGGCUUGCUAACGAGUAGUUUGAUCUGCCCCGUUGGGUGAAAUGGAAUCAGCAGCCACGAAAAAAGUUUGCUACUAUUAUGAUGGUGACAUUGGAAAUUAUUAUUAUGGUCAAGGACAUCCCAUGAAACCACAUCGCAUUAGGAUGACUCACAACCUUCUUCUAAACUAUGGUUUAUACAGAAAAAUGGAAGUUUACAGGCCGUCUAAAGCAUAUAGUGAAGAUAUGACUAGAUUUCAUAGCGACGAAUAUGUCAAAUUCUUGAAGAAUGUAAGACCAGACAAUAUGCAUGAAUUCAACAAACAAAUGCAACGUUUCAAUGUUGGCGAAGACUGUCCAGUCUUUGACGGACUUUUCGAAUUCUGUCAGUUAUCAGCUGGUGGUUCUAUUGCUGCAGCUGUUAAACUAAAUAAACAACAGACUGACAUCGCCAUCAACUGGGGAGGUGGCCUCCACCAUGCAAAAAAAUCUGAGGCGUCAGGAUUCUGUUAUAUCAAUGACAUUGUAAUAGGCAUUUUAGAACUUCUGAAAUAUCAUCAAAGAGUUCUUUACGUGGAUAUUGAUAUUCAUCAUGGAGAUGGUGUUGAAGAAGCUUUUUAUACAACUGAUAGAGUGAUGACUGUCAGUUUCCACAAGUACGGCGAGUACUUCCCUGGAACUGGUGAUCUAAAAGAUAUUGGUGCUGGUCGUGGUAAAUAUUAUGCUGUCAAUUGUCCACUCAGAGAUGGUAUGGAUGAUGAUUGCUACGAGCGUAUCUUUAAGCCUGUUGUAACAAAGGUUAUGGAAACUUUCCGACCUGGAGCCGUCGUCUUACAGUGUGGUGCUGACUCAUUAUGUGGUGACCGACUUGGAUGUUUCAACUUAAGUUUGAAAGGUCACGGGAAAUGCGUUGAGUUCAUUCGCUCGUUUCCUUUACCACUUCUACUUGUUGGAGGUGGUGGUUACACAAUCCGAAAUGUUGCUAGAUGCUGGACUAAUGAAACAUCUAUUGCCCUUGCAACAGAGAUUCCCAAUGAUUUACCUUACAAUGAUUAUUAUGAGUAUUUCGGUCCUGAUUUCAAGCUUCAUAUAAGUCCGAGCAAUAUGGCUAAUCAGAAUACUAGUGAAUAUCUUGAACAUAUAAAGACAAAACUGUUUGAAAAUCUACGGAUGAUACCUCACUGUCCUAGUGUUCAAAUGCAAGAUAUUCCGGACGAUAUCAUCGAUUUUGACGAAAAUGAUGCUGUUGCAAAAGAUUUAGCUGAUCCGGACAAAAGGAUUUCAAUUAUGGCUGCUGAUAAAGCCAUUAUGCCUAAUAACGAAUUUUUUGACGAACCAGAAGAAGGUUCUGGCCUUGGAGGUACCACACUGCGGUCAGGCAAAUCAGCUUCACGAGAUGUUCAAAAUCACAGAGACCAACCAAAACGCGCACGCACAGAUGAAGAUGCUAGUUCAUCCACCACUAAACCAAACAGUAAGGACGCAAGUGGGUCUAAAAAAACUGAUUCUACUAGUGACAAGCGUUCCGAGUCUAAAAACGAUUUUGUGGAAAAAAUGGAAGUUGAUUUAUCCAAAAAAACCAAUGGCUUAAUAGAACCAGAGCGAAUCGCUAAUUGACUGGGCUUAUGUUACACUAUUUACUCUUAGAAAUUUUUGUAAAUGCCUCUUUGUGCCCGUUUCCUUUUAUACAAAUAAUUCCCCGUAAUUUACAUAAAUGUUAUGCUUAUGAUAUCUUGUGUUCAUUAUUUGUUUGGCGUCUAACUACGUGUUUUCUCUCAUCUUUUUAUUUUCUAAAUUUGUUUGUCAUGUACGCAUUUAUUCAACUUAAAUACUAUUAAAUUGUACAGUUCUUGUAAACGUAUACGAUUUGCUGUUCUAAUGUCCAGUAAAGUCGAUUUCGC